ACUCCACUCAUCGACUUUAACCAAACCAAACCUUUGGUAGCGUAAUUCAGUCUGCCAAUGGCUUCUCAACAAGUCAAAGAAAGUCUGGGCACUCUGAACAAGGACUCCUUCGUUGCCCUCCUCACCAAUCUCAUUGGAGAGUCCAAGUUUGUCCAAAACAACCCUCCAGAGUUGAUCCCUCAAGAGGACAGAGUGGUCAAACAUGUGCUCGAUGUUCUUCUUCCUUAUAGCACGGUCAAUGGAGGACCCUUGCUUGUUAACCACGUCACAUAUUCUCCCGGUAGAGGAAAUCUUAUUGUUGAGUAUCCUGGAACUGAGCUCGGGAAGAUCUUGUCUUUUGUUGGCAUGCACAUGGAUGUUGUCACUGCUAAUCCUAAUGACUGGGAAUUUGAUCCUUUUACAUUGAGCAUUGAUGGGGAAAAGCUUCGUGGCCGUGGUACUACUGAUUGUUUGGGACAUGUUGCCCUUGUGACUGAGCUAAUGAAGAGGCUGGGGGAGACUAAGCCGAAAUUGAAGUCAACUGUGGUGGCAGUUUUUAUAGCUAAUGAGGAGAACUCUGCCAUAACAGGGGUUGGUGUCGAUGCACUUGUGAAAGAUCGACUUCUUCAUAAGUUGAAGGGAGGUCCUCUUUACUGGAUUGACACAGCAGAUAAACAGCUUUGCAUUGGUACUGGAGGUAUGAUACCCUGGAAACUUCAUGUGACUGGGAAGCUUUUUCACAGUGGUCUACCUCAUAAGGCUAUAAAUCCCUUGGAGCUAGCCAUGGAGGCUCUAAAAGAAAUCCAAACACGAUUUUACAGAGAUUUUUCACCUCACCCAAAGGAGCAGGACUAUGGGUUUGCAACACCUUCAACCAUGAAACCAACCCAAUGGCAUUAUCCAGGAGGUGGUAUCAAUCAAAUUCCUUUUGAGUGUACAGUAUCAGGAGAUGUCAGGUUC